UUCCGGUCCCGUCCACCAAGGGCUCUCUGCCGUCAUUUCCUGCGGGUCUGCAUCGCCGAAGAGAAGAUGGCGGCGCUGGGGGAACCCGUCCGGCUGGAGAGGGAUAUCUGCAGAGCAAUUGAACUAUUGGAAAAACUACAGAGGAGUGGAGAGGUGCCACCACAGAAACUUCAGGCAUUGCAAAGAGUCCUUCAGAGUGAGUUCUGCAAUGCUGUGAGGGAGGUAUAUGAACAUGUUUAUGAAACUGUGGACAUCAGUAGCAGCCCUGAAGUGAGAGCGAAUGCAACUGCAAAGGCUACUGUUGCUGCAUUUGCUGCCAGUGAAGGGCACUCCCAUCCCCGAGUUGUUGAGUUACCAAAAACAGAAGAGGGCCUUGGAUUCAAUAUCAUGGGAGGAAAAGAACAAAACUCACCAAUCUAUAUUUCGAGGAUAAUUCCAGGUGGAAUUGCUGACAGACAUGGGGGUCUCAAACGAGGAGAUCAGCUACUUUCAGUCAAUGGAGUGAGUGUUGAAGGAGAGCAUCACGAGAAAGCUGUAGAGCUACUGAAAGCAGCCCAAGGGAAGGUUAAAUUAGUUGUACGGUAUACACCAAAAGUCUUGGAAGAAAUGGAAUCACGCUUUGAAAAAAUGAGAUCAGCAAAACGCAGACAACAGACCUAAUCUUUUAAAAACUUUGUGUUCCUCUUUGCUUUUAGCUAGAAAAGUUGUCCUGUGACCUACUGAUGGCCUCGAUGCCAGUGAUUGUAAACCACCAGAAACUUCCGUGAAAUCUUCUUGCCAUUUUAUAAAUGCCUAUUUUAGCAUCACUUAUGGUUGUAGAGAAGCAUACACUUUUUUUCUCACGAGAAAAAGUAAAAGGUGAUGAGGGCAGUUCUGUCCUGCUGUUUUUACAGGCCUUUUUCAAAUGCAGAUUUUGUCACAAAGUUGUUAUAGAUUUUUAAAAAUGCUUUUUUAAUAUUAAAAUGUACUUUUACAUUCUUAAUCUUUUUUUAAAAAGAGCUUUUCUUCAUUUGGCAACUUAUUUACAAAUAACAGUUCUCCAAUAUUUCCUUUUGCUUACUGCAGUUUCUUUGUGAAAUUUCUUUUCAAUUUUCCAAAAUAUUACAACUAGCAGUCUUGCCUUCAGCAGUUUGUCACAUUGAAUGUUGGCAUUGCUGCUGCGUUUUGUACUUAGAACAUACAUAAAAUAUCUGUAAUCAGUGGUAAAUCAUCGCUAUCGUGGAACCUUUUUUAUUUAAACAGUGUAAAGGUGUUCAUUUAUACUGAUUUGUAAAAGUAAGUUUUUAAACACUGAAGCAAUCAUUGCUAAAUAUGUAUUUCAUAAUAUUUAAGCAGUGAAGCGAGAGGAUGUAAUUUGAUUAUUAGCAUUGCUGAUUAAAUCCCUUAUUUAUAUUUAACAAUAUGUCAUAAAUUAUAAAUGCAAACAGGUUCAGAUUUCAACUUUUCAAGUUUUUUAUGCUAUUCAUUUAUAUUUAAAUACAUUUCUCGUAUUUCAGUUCUUCCAUGCCUGGAGAUGAGUCAGUUUGUGCUGAGAAAAAUGAAAAUAAGACAAAGGAAUAAUUUCAAGUGUGGAGCCUGAAGAGCCCAACAUAAUUACUGUUCAGCUUCAGUUCCAAUCCCAGAGAGGGAGAGGAGGCAGGAUUUGUUUAGAUACAGAAACAGGCAGCUUCUUAAGUCUCACAAUGAGUGGGAUUCAGAAUCCUUAUCUUUAUGAUUUAGAUAGCAAUGGGAGUUUGAACGAUGCUUUGUACCAUUUGUCCACUGGAUGUCACCAUUUUACUAAAAGGCAGCUAUUGAUGUGUGAUUAUGACUAAGUCUUCUAAAAGCUAAAAUCAAAGUUGAUUCAUUUUCAGUCACAGAUUAUAGGAACAUAAAGGGUUGAAGUGAUAAUAUUGAGAAAAUGUUGGGUUGAAAUGCAGGAAUUUAUCAUAAUUAUGACUUUAUUUUAUUUUUCUUUUAAAAAUGGGCAUUUUGUAACAUUCCUUCAGGAAGAAUGGAAGUGUGUACAUGUUUUGCAUGUUUGUAAGCACUGUCAGUCUUACAGGAUAUCUGCAGCUUUCAGUGAUUUUCAGAGUAACAAUCAAUCAGCAUUGUUAUUUAUCAUUUAGGAAUUGAACACUGGAUUGUGCAUGGUUGAAUGUCUUUAGUCCACUACAAAAUGUGCUUGAUAUUGAUAGCAUCAUGUUGAAUUGUAUAUUUUCAAAAUUAGCUGGUGUGUUUUUAAAAUGUUGAGACCAAAGUAGUAUAGAAAAGUAUGACAUAUUUUAAUUGUAGAUUAUUAGAGGUAUUUGUUGUAAAACAUAUAUAUUAAAGUUGGUGCAUAGAGAACAGUAAUAUUAUUGUUGUGCUCGUAUCCCUACACCAUAGGGCAAGUACACCCUGGGGAAAUCUUGUGUCAGCCUGGCUACUAUGGCUGCAGUUGCUCCUGAGGGCGCAUCAGCGUUCCCUUACAAUUAUAGCUUCCCGGUUCAUGUUUCAGCGAUUGCAGAAUUUCAGCCAAGUUACAUUUCUUUUCUUUUUCUUUUUUUUUUUUAGUUUGUUGAGUAAGCUUUUUCUUCUGCAGUAAUUCACAAUCUGUUCUUUGUGUGGGCUGCUACCUAUUUAUAAUUCGUAAAAUAAAAGUAACUUAAAGGAGCCAAAUACAUAGCUUUGCUUGGUAUUGAGCAUGAGUAGCAAUAGCUUGCUUUCAUUGAUGCAAUUCUCUUAUCUCAGAAUUUUAAAUAUUGACCAUAGGAAAACUCAGUGGCAAGUGUACAGUAGUCUUCUUGUGUAAUAAGGAAGUGAAGGAACUUUAAUAAAUGGACGGUUUGUGACUAAAACUAGGUAUACAGUAAAUAUAUAAUAGGUGUUUGUUUCAUUCGUAACUUACAAAAGCAAAUUUCCCUGUGUCCCAGCUUUCCAUUUAUUUUUUUAAAUAUUUCAAAAUGAUUUGACUUGGUGAUUUUCAACCUUAGUUGCACAUUAGAAUGUCCUGCAGAGCUUAGAACUUACUAAUACCUAGGUCCCUUCCAAUAAUAGCUAAGUCAAAAUCAUUUCUUUAUUGGUUAACAGUUUUAAAUAAUGUGUUUUGACCAAGUCUACCCCCAAUUGCCUUUAGAAGCUCAUUCUGUGUAGUUCUGAUGGACACCCUAGUUUGAGGAGUACUGGUUCAUGGGAUUUUCGACUAUACUGGAUCUGGAAGCUACUUAAUGAUUGAUUGUAUUUCUUAGUACCUCCUUAUGGACUUAAAAGGAAUUUGGCUUAUUUACAAAAUAAAUACAGUUUUCCUUUUUUAGGGUGUGGGGAACAGGGUCUCUACAUAGCCCUGCCUGGCUGUCUUAGAAUUCACUGUGUAAACCAGGCUGGCCUUUUUUUUCUUCUUAAAAAAAUAAAACCAGUAAUUCAGUCGUAAAAUUCAGUGUUUUCUCUUUCUGCACCCUUUACUUUAAAAAAAAAAAUUAAGUUAUUUGAAAAAGCACGUUUAAAAUUUUCAGAUUUCAAACCCUGUGAGUAAUGAUUCUGUGCUGUGUGCGCAUGGCUCCUUCGCCCAUCAUUACUGUACCCUGUACAAUUGUAGCUUUGUUGUUGUUUUAAGGUAACCAUUUUUAAAAUAUAUUUUAAAAAGAACAUAUAUUUGAGUAAACAUACAGCAUGCUAACACAGAUCAAGUUUUAAAGAUGAAUGUGUUGAUAGAACUGGCCUUGUUAGAGAAUAAAUAAUAGUGCUUUGGGAAGAGUAGUGAUCAUCUGGGUGGGAAAGAAAGCCUUGUAGGUAUGAGUGGAGCAGGUCAUACAAGCAUGUGUGUUCAUUCACACAUACUUCAUAAAGAGACUGCACUAGAUAAACAACUGUUAUUGCUACUCUUUUGUAACCUUGUUCCUUAAGGCUUGAUGUUCUAGUUUUUAAGAUCAUCUUCCUGUUGUAAAAUUGUAUUUUGUUCAAGUACUUUGUUUACAAUUAAAAUGAAUAAAAUUUACUAGAAGAUAAGGUUGUGGCUUACCUGGAAAGCAUUGCCAGCAUGACUUGGUGUAGACUUAAAAAAUACAUGUGAUUAUAAUGUGGAAUGAUCAUUGACAUUUAAGGACUAGUGGUUGUACCUCCUGAAUAAAUGUCUAUCUGUGCAAUUUCUAACUUAUGGUUUAUUUCUCUUCUGGCAGCAAUCUCAUUUUGUAGUUUUAAUUGUCCAAAAUUUAUGAGUAAUGUUUUUUCAAAGGUUGUUGAAAAUAGUUACAUAACGGGGGACCAUCACUUGAUUAUUAAUUUUCAAGACGUUUUAAACUAAUUUAUAAUUGGACAUGAUUUUUAAAAUAUUGGCAAAGAUUUGAUAUACUUGUACUCUUUUUAGUUUGAGAAAAUAAUUUGGAAGGUGAAACAGUACUUUUUCAAUAGCUGAAUCAUUUAGCAAUUAAAUUGUGAUUCUAAGGCUUAUUUAAAGUAUAAUUGUAUGAGUCGUGCUUGUCCUUUACUUUUGACAAAACUGAUAGAACUACAAACAGAUGUUAUUUCUGAACGCUGUGUAUAAAAUAACCUUUACAUAGAGUAAAAGCAAAAUCUGUGGUGGCUCCUGAAAUAAAACUUCAGUUU